GCUGUCAGCGGAUCCUCCGCUCCAAGCCAACUCCUCCUGUCUUCAUCCUGCCAUGCGUGCACUUCCGGCUCCAUCUCCCUGACUGAUCACCGCAAACCUCCCGCAGAUGUUCUUGCGCGCACAGGAAAACCCGCCGGCAGAAUGAACGGUUACGGAUCCCCGUACCUGUACAUGGGGGCCCCGGUGUCGCAGCCCCGCGCCCCGCUCCAGAGGACGCCCAAGUGCGCCCGGUGCCGGAACCACGGCGUCCUGUCGUGGCUGAAGGGACACAAGCGCUACUGCCGCUUCAAGGAUUGCACCUGCGAGAAGUGCAUCCUCAUCAUCGAGCGGCAGCGCGUCAUGGCGGCGCAGGUGGCGCUGCGCCGCCAGCAGGCCAACGAGAGCCUGGAGAGCCUCAUCCCGGAGUCCCUCAGGGUGCUGCCGGGCAUCGGCAUGAGCGGGGCCGGCGACGGGAGCCAGGGAGCCCCGCCGGCGAGGAGCGAGGAGCUGGAGCUGAGGUGGAGCGGCGCGGAGCCUCCGCAAACACGCACAGACGCUGCGGAUGAUGGCCAAGACGAGGCGUCGGGAGGUGAGAACACCGGCAGCUCCAGUGAGAAGGAACCGGACCCGGCCAGCUCCCCGGAGGGAUCCAAGCCCAGCAGCUCCUGCUACACCCCGGAGCCGCCGGAGGCCGCCGCGCAGCCCGACGACAGCCGCUACAGCCUCCCCAAAGUCGGCGGCGCCGACAAGGAGGCCAAGGCCGAGAGUCCGCAGCGACACCCGUCCGCUUCCGGGGAGCCGAACCUGCUGAUCGAGGGCCUGUCCGGGUCCAUCAGCCUGCCGCUCAGCCUGCGGGCCAACCGGCCCCCGCUGGAGGUCCUCAAGAAGAUCUUCCCCACGCACAAGCCGCCGGUGCUGGAGCUCAUCCUGCGGGGCUGCGGCGGGGAUCUGGUCGGAGCCAUCGAGGUGCUGCUGUCCAGCCGGAACCCGGACGGGAGCGCUCACCCUCACGCGGAGCCCCACCCGGUAUCGGACGGCCUGGUUCUGCCGCAGAACGGACACCUGUUCGAGCACGCGUUGGGCUCCUACCACCCGGUGUCCUCCUCCGCCAAGUGGUCCGUGGGCUCCGCCUUCCGGGUCCCGGAGUCCCUGCGGUUCGGCUCGGACUCUGCGUCGGGCGCGCUGGGUGUCCCGCUGCAGCACCCGUCCUUCCCGCAGCCCGCGCGCUACCCGCUCAUGCUGCGCAGCUCGCUCACGCGCAGCCAGAGCGGCCCGUUCGUGCACAACGACGUGACCCUGUGGAACACCGUGGCGCUGCAGCAGCAGUACCAGCUGCGCUCCGCCGCGCAGUACGUCUCCCCCUUCGGUCCGGCGGCGCCCGCGGGCGCCAGCGCCUCGGUGUUCCGCGGCUCCCCGAUCAUCCCGUCCAGAGCCGCCGAGGAGCCGCGCAUCAGCAUCCAGGAGGAGAGCUGCACGCUGGGGCCCAAGGCGGGCCUCUACUCCCCGGAGGAGGACUACGAAGAGCGCUCCGACUCCGCAGACUCCCGCAUCCUGAACGCAUCCACCUGAGGCUUUGACCCGCGCCGAUGUGAACGGACGCAGAAAUGUUUCUGUUGUUUAAACCGUUUGAACAACACGGACGAAAUGACUUGAGCAAAACUGGAUGAAUGUGACAGACUGAGCUUUUUCCUGUCAGCAUGUUUCUCUGAUCAACACUGCAUGUCCGAAACGCCAAAUAAAACCGAUCAGCUUCAUUUCUUUA